CAUUAGGCAGCAGCUGGGGGAAGAAUCAACACACCAGGGAGCGGAGCGGAGCGGACCCGAGGACAGAGGCGGCAGCUGCCUCCGCUGCCGCCCGCCGCCGCCGCCGCCACCGCCGGGGCUCAGCCCAGCGGCGGGCCCCACGCCCCCGCAGCCGCCCCGCGGCGCCCCCCGGCCCGACCCCCGGGCCGCGCACCCCGAGCUGCCUCCGGGAGGGGGGGGGGAAAGGGCCCGGAUCCUCCUUCUCCCCCUCCUCCUCUCCCUCCUCCUCCCCCUCAUCUCACCCCUUACCCUGACCCCUCCCCGGCCCCCCCUCACCCCGACCCUCUCCCCGGCCCCCGCCUCCCCUCCCCCGCCUCGCCCCACCGGCUUCCCACCACGGCCUCUCUCGGCGAGGAAACUCUGGCCUCCGCUUCCUCCUCCUCCGACUCGGACACCGGCGGAGCCUCCCCGCCCCCGCGGAAGAAACCCCGAGCCUCGGCGGCGGAGGGAGCAGGAGAGCCCGGGGCUUCGGCAGGCAGAGCAGGCCUCUCCCCUCCGUCCUCGUCGUCCUCGUCCUCGUCGUCGUCGUCCUCCUCCUCCUCCUCCGUGGUGGUAGUGGUGGGACUCCCCCCGGCUGCCCCUUCCGCCGCCGCUGCCGUCCCCCACCGAAGUAGCGGCCACAGCCUGGUCAGCGGCAGCAUCAUGCAGGCCAACGGGGCAGGAGGAGGAGGAGGAGGCGGCGGCGGCGGCGGCGGCGGCGGAGGAGGAGGGGGCGGCGGGGGCCAGGGACAGACCCAGGAACUCGCCUGCCUGUCGGCCCAGAACGGGGAGUCGUCCCCCUCGUCGUCGUCGUCCGCGGGGGAUCUGGCCCACGCCAAUGGGCUCCUGCCUUCCGCCCCCUCCGCCGCCAGCAACAAUAGCAACAGCCUGAAUGUCAAUAACGGGGUCCCCGGCGGGGCCGCCGCCGCAGCCUCCGCCACCGUUGCAGCUGCCUCCGCCACCACCGCCGCCUCCUCUUCCUUGGCCACCCCAGAACUGGGCAGCAGCCUCAAGAAGAAGAAGCGGCUCUCCCAAUCAGAUGAGGAUGUCAUUAGGCUAAUAGGACAGCACUUGAAUGGCUUAGGGCUCAACCAGACUGUUGAUCUCCUCAUGCAAGAGUCAGGAUGUCGUUUAGAACAUCCUUCUGCUACCAAAUUCCGAAAUCAUGUCAUGGAAGGAGACUGGGAUAAGGCAGAAAAUGACCUGAAUGAACUAAAGCCUUUAGUGCAUUCUCCUCAUGCUAUUGUGGUAAGAGGCGCACUUGAAAUCUCUCAAACGUUGUUGGGAAUAAUUGUGAGGAUGAAGUUUUUGCUGCUGCAGCAGAAGUACCUGGAAUACCUGGAGGAUGGCAAGGUCCUGGAGGCACUUCAAGUUCUACGCUGUGAAUUGACGCCACUGAAAUACAAUACAGAGCGCAUUCAUGUUCUUAGUGGGUAUCUGAUGUGUAGCCAUGCAGAAGACCUACGUGCAAAAGCGGAAUGGGAAGGCAAAGGAACAGCUUCACGAUCCAAACUGUUGGACAAACUUCAGACCUAUUUACCACCAUCAGUGAUGCUUCCUCCACGGCGUUUACAAACUCUCCUGCGGCAGGCGGUGGAACUACAAAGGGAUCGGUGCCUAUAUCACAAUACGAAACUUGAUAAUAAUCUAGAUUCUGUGUCUCUGCUUAUAGAUCAUGUUUGUAGUAGGAGGCAGUUCCCAUGUUAUACUCAGCAGAUACUUACGGAGCAUUGUAAUGAAGUGUGGUUCUGUAAAUUCUCUAACGAUGGCACUAAACUAGCAACAGGAUCAAAAGAUACGACAGUUAUCAUAUGGCAAGUUGAUCCGGAUACACACCUGCUAAAACUGCUUAAAACUUUAGAAGGACAUGCUUACGGUGUUUCUUAUAUUGCAUGGAGUCCAGAUGACAACUAUCUUGUUGCUUGUGGCCCUGAUGACUGCUCUGAGCUUUGGCUUUGGAAUGUACAAACGGGAGAGCUAAGGACAAAAAUGAGCCAGUCUCAUGAAGACAGUUUAACAAGUGUGGCUUGGAAUCCAGAUGGGAAACGCUUUGUGACUGGAGGUCAGCGUGGGCAGUUCUAUCAGUGUGAUUUAGACGGUAAUCUUCUUGACUCCUGGGAAGGGGUGAGAGUGCAAUGCCUUUGGUGCUUGAGUGACGGGAAGACUGUUUUGGCAUCAGAUACACACCAGCGAAUUCGGGGAUAUAACUUCGAGGACCUUACAGAUAGGAACAUAGUACAAGAAGAUCAUCCCAUUAUGUCUUUUACUAUUUCAAAGAACGGCCGAUUAGCUUUGUUAAAUGUAGCAACUCAGGGAGUUCAUUUAUGGGACUUGCAAGACAGAGUUUUAGUAAGAAAGUAUCAAGGUGUUACACAAGGGUUUUAUACAAUUCAUUCAUGUUUUGGAGGCCAUAAUGAAGACUUCAUCGCUAGUGGCAGUGAAGAUCACAAGGUUUACAUCUGGCACAAACGUAGUGAACUGCCAAUCGCGGAGCUGACAGGGCACACACGCACCGUAAACUGUGUGAGCUGGAACCCACAGAUCCCAUCUAUGAUGGCCAGCGCCUCAGAUGACGGCACCGUUAGAAUAUGGGGACCAGCGCCUUUUAUAGACCACCAGAAUAUUGAAGAGGAAUGCAGUAGCAUGGAUAGUUGAUGGCGAAUCUGGAGCAGACGACUUCUGUUUAACUUAAAAUUAGUCGUAUUUUAAUGGCUUGGGAUUUGGUGCAAACAAACAUGAUUGAUAGCUGGACAGACAUGCUCGUCAUGAAAAAAGAACCAUUUCUGAAGCCCGACUGGGGCCAAACAUUUACACCUUGCUUCAUAGUAACCAGUUGAGAUGAAGCACGUCGUUAGAACGUUGUUGGACACCAUGUUGAAUUAUCCCCCCAUCGGUUGUGAAGAACUGUGCUACAUUCAGGCUUACCCAUUGAACUCAGUAUAUAUAAUUUUUUCCCUCCUGCCUUUUGUCGGGCAGGAUCCAUUCUUGUUGCUCUUCUGUGUAAUGAAGUUUAAAUGCUUGUUUGGAAAACUUUAUUUAACAGUUUAGAAGGCUUGAUAGAAAGAGUGCAUUAGUCUGAAGAGUAUACAUUGGAUAGGAAAGAAUUUCCUUCUUUUGUUUCUCCAAAUCUUUCCGCCUUAUUUAGCUUGAGAUCUUUGCAGCUUGGUUCAUGGAUUCUAGCCUUGCCCGUUGCGCAGUAUAUACUGAUCCAGAUGAUAAACCAGUGAACUAUGUCAAAAGCACUCUCAAUAUUACAUUUGACAAAAAGUUUUGUACUUUUCACAUGGCUUGUUGCCCCGUAAAAGGGUUAACAGCACAAUUUUUUAAAAAUAAAUUAAGAAGUAUUUAUAGGAUUAAAGUGACUUCAUUUGUAUACAUUUGGAAUCUAAACCAGCUUAAAAAGAGUUUCCUCUAUGACUUAGAUAUGCAGUAUAAACUGAUGCUCUUCUGGAAUACCACAUGAGACAUGGUCAGAAACAGUGCUUGGAAGGACAUCACACAGGAAGUUCAGAGUAGCGCUUUGAAGAUUUUCCCCCUUUUGUUUUAUUCCUGAAGGAACAUCAGUACCUGAUCGUCAAGAAAUUCAAGAUUCAUAACGAGAAUUUUAAAUUUAUACCAACAUGAGAGAUCAGUAGUCAGUCCAGGUUUUCAACAAAGCUUGUUCCAAGUUGUUCUCAACUUGGGGAAUCAUUUUGGUGUGAUCUAGCAAGAGAGUAGAAGUCAGCAGAUAUAACCACUUUGGAAAUUCAUAGUAUAACUGAGCUUGUUAGAAGAAUUCAGCAGGUUACAGACAUACUUAAACUGGGUUUAAAACCUAGGAGUCAUUUCUCUAAUUGCCCUUAAUAUUUUGACAUAUAGGGAUACGUAAAUUUAAAGAAUAUUUCUUCUCAGAUUUUCAGAUAUUGCCAUACUGAACCUCAUUCUAAACUGGUGCUGUGGAUAGUCUCCCUCUCCCCUCCCCUUUUAGUUUAAGGAAGGGUUUCCUUCAUGGAAAAGCACUUUUAAUUUUGAGAAUUUCACGUUUAAAAUAAGCCAAAAGCCUGAUGUUCACGUUGUGCUUUUAAACCCCGUAACAGCUGAGUACAACAUACUUAGUCUCCUUGGAAAUUCCCUCCCCUCUUUAGUAGAGGAUAUAAAUAUGGUGACCAUAGCUGUUACGUUGGGAAGAGGAGUGGGAAUACCCCCAAAAUAAGAUUCUGGUGAAGAAAAAGUCUUACACUGUUCCCUUUCGGCCCAGCCAAGUCUACAAUAUAUUAUUACCAUGAGUAGACUCCUUCAGGAUCCACAAAGAAGAGAAAGGCUUGGAUGUUAGGAGUUCUUCCAUCGGGGGAUGGGUGGGUAGGGGAAGGUAGCAGGGAGAAAUGGGUAAAGUCAGGGAAGGGGAGAAGAAAGAAAAACACAAUUGGCCUUAAAAUAGCUCGGAUUCUCCCAGAAAAUGAUAGAUCGUGGUCAGCAGAUUAUUUUAUCAAAUUGGUAAUGUAAAAGAUUUCUUUAAGCUCCAUUUUGCAGAGACCACCACUUAGAGAAUCAAGAAUUCCUGUUUUGAUACUUCUAAGUUAAAACAACUAUGUUACAGUUUAUCUGGUACUUCAUUUUUCGUAACUAAAAUUACUUUUUACUUUAAGCUUGAAUAAAAUCUUCAUUGGUAACUGUAUAUAA